AACAGUCUGGGACAUUUCAGACACCUCCUCUGGCUGUUUCCGAGGCCAUCUAGAGGCCAGAGCCCAGUCAGAUUAAAUGAAAGUAAAGAGAGGACUGCGGGAGUUUGGACCUUUGUGCAGACGUGCUCAUGCUCGUUAGAGUAGAGGGCGGGAGAGAGGAAAGGAAGGAGGGCAUUGGGAGCUGAGGCCCCUCCUUUCAUUUCAGAAAAGUGCACAGGCAGAGCGGGCUGAGUCACAGGCACAGGUGAGGAACUCAACUCAAACUCCUCUCUUUGGGAAAACGCGGUGCUUGCUCCUCCCGGAGUGGCCUUGGCAGGGUGUUGGAGCCCUCGGUCUGCCCGGUCUGGUCUCUGGGGCCAAGGCUGGGUUUCCCUCAUGUAUGGCAAGAGCGCUAUUCGUGCGGUGCUUCUUCUCCUUGGCAUACAGCUCACAGCUCUUUGGCCUAUAGCAGCUGUGGAAAUUUAUACCUCCCGGGUGCUGGAGGCUGUUAAUGGGACAGAUGCUCGGUUAAAAUGCACUUUCUCCAGCUUUGCCCCUGUGGGUGAUGCUCUAACAGUGACCUGGAAUUUUCGUCCUCUAGAUGGGGGACCUGAGCAGUUUGUAUUCUACUACCACAUAGAUCCCUUCCAACCCAUGAGUGGGCGGUUUAAGGACCGGGUGUCUUGGGACGGGAACCCUGAGCGGUAUGAUGCCUCCAUCUUUCUCUGGAAACUGCAGUUCGACGACAAUGGGACAUACACCUGCCAGGUGAAGAACCCACCUGAUGUUGAUGGGGUGAUAGGGGAGAUCCGGCUCAGCGUCGUGCACACUGUACGGUUCUCUGAGAUCCACUUCCUGGCUCUGGCCAUUGGCUCUGCCUGUGCACUGAUGAUCAUAAUAGUAAUUGUAGUGGUCCUCUUCCAGCAUUACCGGAAAAAGCGAUGGGCUGAAAGAGCUCAUAAAGUGGUGGAGAUAAAAUCAAAAGAAGAGGAAAGGCUCAACCAAGAGAAAAAGGUCUCUGUUUAUUUAGAAGACACAGACUAACAUUUUUAGAUGGAAGCUGACGAUUUCCAAGAACAAGAACCCUAGUAUUUCUUGAAGUUAAUGGAAACUUUUCUUUGGCUUUUCCAGUUGUGACCUGUUUUCCAACCAGUUCUACCGCAUAUACAAGCAACAUCCCUCUGGAGCCAGCACAGUGCUCUUCCAUAUCACCAGUCAUACACAGCCUCAUUAUUAAGGUCUUAUUUAAUUUCAGAGUGUAAAUGUUUUCAAGUGCUCAUUAGGUUUUAUAAACAAGAAGCUACAUUUUUGCCCUUAAGACACUACUUAUAGUGUUAUGACUUGUAUACACAUAUAUUGGUAUCAAAGGGGAUAAAAGCCAAUUUGUCUAUUAUAUUUCCUUUCAUGUAUUUCUUUUAGCAGCACUUCUGCUACUAAAGUUAAUGUGUUUACUCUCUUUCCUUCCCAUAUUCUCAAUUAAAAGGUGAGCUAAGCCUCCUCGGUGUUUUUGACUAACAGUAAAUCGUAAAUUCUAACUGUUAAAUAAUAUUUUGAUUUUUAUGUCUCUCCUUAACUAGGAGACACAUCUUGUUUUAUUGAAUUUCUUUCAAUAUUCUAGGUGAUAGAUUUUUGUUGUUGUUUUGUUAAUUAAUCCAAGAUUUACAAAAGCACAAUGCUAAAUCACACAGUAACUACAAAAGGUUGCAUAGAUAUGAAAAGAUUGGUAGAUGCCAUUGCAGGAUGAAUCACCUGUCACUUUUCUUCUGUGCUGGGAAAAAUAAUCAACAAUGCGGGUCUUUCAUGAGCAGUGACGGACUGUUUAGCUUACUACGUUGCCCCCCAGUUCAAUGAUCUAUAAUAACAGAGCAAAGCCUAUGCUCAUUUGCAGACUGGAAUCAUUAAGCAGUUUAAUAAAAAUAUUGUGAAACAGUAUAUUACAAGUUUGAAAAUUCAGGGCUGGUAAAAAAAAUCAACCCUAAAUGAUGAUAAUUUUGUACAGUUUUAUAUAAAACUCUGAGAACUAGAAGAAAUUGUUAACUUUUUUUUUUUAAUUCUAAUUCACUUGUUUAUUUUGGGGGAGGAAGGCUUUGAUAUGGAGCACAAAAAUACCAAAACUACUUUAAAUGGAAAAAAGAACAAUUUUAUUCUUUCUUUCCCCUAUACUGGUAGAUAAAGCUAACUUUAUAAGUGGGCUAUUGAAAGAAAACUGCCUUUUAAAAGUGUUUAGUUUCCCAGUGUCUUUUCCAAGCCUAAGAUACAGAAGUAUUUGUUCAAAGGAUAGAAAACAUCUAAAAGUUUAGGCUCAAGAUCAAUGUUUACAGACUGAUAUUUUCAGUUUUUAAUUGAUUGGGCUGCAGAUGUUAUUUCUUUUAACAAACUGGAAUUUUCAAACAUUAUCUGUAUUUAAAUGUAUGGACCUUGAUAUUUUUCCAACACUAUUUUUUAAAAAAUUGUUUGAUUUACAUAUGAACCUCAAUUCUGAAAUUCAUUAUAUAUCUGUUUCAUUCUGCCUUUUAUACUGUCUAAAAAAGCAAAGUUUUAAAGUGCAAUUUUAAAACUGUAAAUUACAUCUGAAGGCUAUAUAUCCUUUAAACACAUUUUAUAUUUUUUCUUCAAAAUUCUAACCUUUGAAAAUAUUAUAACUGGAUAUUUCUUCAAACAGAUGUCCUAGAUGAUGGUCCAUAAGAAUAAUGAAGAAGUAGUUAAAAAUGUAUGGACAGUUUUUUCAGCAAAAUUUGCAGCUUAUGUCUUGGCUAGUCAAGGGGUAAUAUGGGCCUGUUGUUUAGUGUCUUCUUCCUAAAGAGCACUUUUGUAUUGUAAUUUAUUUUUUAUUAUGCCUUAAACACUAUGUAAAUAAACCUUUAGUAAUAAAGAAUUAUCAAUUAUA